AUGAAUGCAGAUAUUCGAUGUAUGACUACGUUUGAAAUGGAGAUAAAGUUCCAGAAAGCGUACACCCAUAAUUUAUUUAAGAAGGUACAAGAUGAGCUUAUGGCAAUGGUGUAUUGUGAAGCAGGUUUAGGAAUUGAAGAUAGUCUUGUAUUUGAAUACAAGGUGACCGAAAGAAAUGAUAUAAGUGGAGGAAAAGUGAUAAUGAAGGAUUACAAGGUAUUAUUUGAUAGUUCUACCAUGGAGGUUAAUUGCAUAUGUAGAUUGUUUGAUUGGAAAAGCGUUUUAUGUAGACAUGCUUUUAAGGUUCUGUUCAAGAGAAACUUGACACUAGUACAUGAAAGGUACAUAUUAAGACGACGAAGGAAAGAUGUAGAAAGGGAACACAGUAGCAUCAAACUUCUUGGAAUUGGAGGUAAAUGGACAAGCGAGAUGGAGAGAUCAAAGCGUAUAGAGAGUAAAUUCUACCCCAUCAUUGAUAAUGUGAUUGACUCAAUUCAAAAGUGUCACUAUGUAGAAAAUGUGAUAGAGAAUGUAUCAAAAGAUUUAUUAGAUGGUACAUGGAUAAAAUCUCUAAGCGGAGAAAUAGUAGAUAAUCAAGAUACUCCCAAUGUUGAAAAUGUUGACAGUGAUGUUGAAGAUCAUUCCCCAAUUAAGUAUAGUAAUCCAGAUGUCGUCCGUAAAAAAGGUCGUGAAAAGAGUAAAGCUCGUAGGUCACUAGGUGAAACUCUAAAGAGGGGAAGGAAGAAGAAUAACCAAGCAUCUGAUGAAGAUGGUGAACCUCUAAAGAGGGGAAGGAAGAAGAAAAACCAAGCAUCUGAUGAAGAACCCCUGGUACUUAACUCAUUGUUAGCUUCUCCAUCCUCAAAUGAAAAAGGCGGUAGAGCGGAACCACCGGUAACAUUGGGUGGAAAAUCAUUGAAAAAGAGAGCCAAGAAAAACAAUUCAACGCUCCAUAAUAAGCCCACACAUGAGAAGGGUUAG